AAGAACAAGAAGAUUACAGACUUUCAAAAGACUUCCAGCUCCGACCAAUUACAACCCGACGGUGAUUAUUUAUGGCGUCAAGUUCCAGCUCCGGCCAGAUCUCAGUGAUCAACCCUCAAUUCUGUUCACCUCACCCAGUUGAUAUCACUAUAAAACAGAAUCUCUCCACCCGAAGUAAAAACAAAUACGCCGUCACCGGCGUUAAUGGGGAUAUCUUGUUUCAGGUGACAUCUGGGAACUUCUCCGGCCUCCAUGUCCCUCUCUUCCUCCUUGAUCCCGCCGGAAACACCAUCCUCACUCUUCAGCAAAGUAGUAUGAGCAUGCAUUCAAGAUGGGAAGUUUUUAGGGGAGACAGUACAGAAUAUAACAAUCUACUAUUUAUCCUGAAGAGGUCUUCUAUGUUCCAAAUAAAGACUGAAUAUGAUGUUUUCAUGGCUACCAAUCCAGAGGAAAAUAAUUGUUGCGAUUUCAAAAUCUGUAAAAAAGAGAUCUAUGCUGGAAACACUAAAAACAUUGUUAUUGCUCAGGUGAAUAAUUUUCUAUGA